CUGAUACUCGCUAAGUAACGACGAAAUUUAAGGUUAAGUCCGUCAGCGAUGGGAGUUUUCUAACUCAUUUUCAACACAACCGGGCACAGAGUUGCGCACUGGCACAGACACAGCCAUCUCUUACAGAGGUUUAUGGGAAGAGAACCACGAUUUGAGAAUUCAGCACAACUCCUUUGCAACUCAACUGAAUGAAGUCGUAGCUCAGCUUCCACAAGCAAAUGCUGAAGGAAUGCUGCUAAAGCAAAGAAUUACAGAGACUGGAAAUGUUUUCUACAACACCAAAAUGGACUUCUGGCAAUUAACACUGGCAGCCAGAAAUAAUAAGAAAAGACGAGUCAGGAAACGAGUGGCUCAAUCGGUGGAAGGACUGGAGGAGUUUGAGGCCAUCGAGAUUAAGUUCACUCUACAAGGACGUGAAGUUGUAAUUCCACUUGGACACGAUUCUGGUGACGAGAAAGAAAACUCCAUUUGUCGGACGACGCAGCAUGUAAUUAAUGCGAAAGAUAAAGGUUUGAUUUCAGACGAGGCAUACCAUGAGUUGAGGAUGGCCUUACCAGACGAGGAAAGAGAUAUUCUUCCCUGUGACAUAGGUCAGGCCCACUGA